ACGUCACGUGCGUGCGUGGGUGCGGGAGGGGCCGACGUACAGGCGGGGCCCCGUUGCCUUGGCCACUCGUCCUUUUUUUUUUUUUUUUUCCGCCUAGGCUGAAGGAGCCAGGUGGCUAAAGGAGGAGAGACUAGCGCAUCGGCCCCGGUUUGGCGCGCCGGGAUCGAUUUCGGCGCUCCUUUUCCUCGCGCCAUUCCUUCUGCCACCUCAGCGAAGGUUGCAGAGGCGCAGCGGGGGCGCGAAGGGUGCCGCCGCUGCGGCCUGGGCCUGAAACAAGAUGGCGGCCCCGGGCGAGUACUUCAGUGUGGGCAGCCAAGUGUCGUGCCGGACUUGCCAGGAACAGCGGCUGCAAGGCGAGGUGGUGGCUUUUGAUUACCCCAGCAAGAUGUUGGCACUCAAAUGCCCUUCCUCAAGUGGCAAACCUAACCACGCAGAUAUCUUGCUUAUAAAUUUGCAGUAUGUAUCAGAAGUUAACAUAAUUAAUGACCGCACGGAAACACCCCCACCUUUAGCUUCACUCAAUGUUAGCAAGCUUGCAAGCAAAGCACGGAUGGAGAAGGAAGAAAAGAUGAGCCAGGCAUAUGCAAUUAGUGCUGGGGUCUCCUUGGAAGGACAACAACUAUUUCAGACUAUACACAAGACUAUUAAAGAUUGUAAAUGGCAAGAGAAAAAUAUAGUUGUGAUGGAAGAAGUUGUCAUUGCCCCUCCAUAUCAAGUGGAAAACUGUAAAGGCAAAGAGGGGAGUGCCCUAAGUCAUGUACGCAAAAUAGUCGAGAAACAUUUUAGAGAUGUCGAAAGCCAAAAGCUGAUGCAGCGUUCACAAGUCCAGCCAACACAGAAGGAAAGCGCCCUCUCAUCCUGAGUCCCGCCUGCCCUUCCUGGUUGUGACAGAGUGCUCCUGCGGGGGGUGGGGGUGGGGGGAAACCCUUCGAACAUGCAGCAGCAGAUGACAAAGACUUCUUCAAAAGAGGUCAGGGGAGGGCAGGGGAGUUCCACUUCUAUGUCGUGGCUACCCUGUAAUGAUGGGACCCACAGCUUCUGAACUUUAGACUUCAAAGACAAACAGAGAAUAAUUUAAAAUUCAUUCAUUACUUGACUAACAGACUCUUUACUUUUUUGGCCACCAGGUUUUCCCCCUAGAACAGUCAGCUGUCUUGUAUUUGACGUUUUUCUCCCUCCCGGUUUUUUUCUGCUUUACUGAAAUCAAUUCCAUGCCACCCCUAUUCUUGCUAUAUGCUAGGAGAAUUCUGUUCCCUAGUUAUCACAUUAAAAAGCAAAAAGAAUAGAGGAAACAGAAAAUAACAAGCUGACUGUAGUGAUGUAAUUGGAACUUUUCUGUGACUGGCGAUCUCAUUUUGGUUUUCGUUUGCACAGGGCAAGGCUUGAAUUAGCCUUAUUUUUCUUAUCUUGAAAUAUAUAUAUAAUAAAUAAAUAUAUAUAUAUAUAUAAAUACCCCUUAAAUAUUUUUCUGCUUCUCGCAGUAUUCAAAAUUGGGAUCAUGGCAGAAAAAAAAUCUCUAUGCUUGUUAACAAUCAAGCUUUGUGCAGUUGGCUUUUUUAGGUAUAAUUCUGAAGACCAGAUUUCUGCUGAAGCUUGGGCUUUAGUGGGUCAUGCCCUAUUCAGAAUGCAUACAGGCUUCUCUCAUUUGAUCUUUCCAUAAAUUUUAUCUUGUGCAUUAUGUUAUAUUGCCACAAAUCUGAGCUCUGUUAAUGCCACUGGAUUAGAACUGCUAACCAAGACUACAGAGUAGUGGAAUCAUUCUAUCCUCAAAGGAAUGGAAACUAGAUCUCACAGCUUCCUCUUGCUUAUGUGUUGUUCUACUGACCACAGUGAAGCACGCAAAGAUUUUCUGUAGGUAAAGGUUGCCUGGGUAUAAUGUAGGAGGAACAAUCUGUGUAUUGUCCAUAGUGACCCAAUGGGGGCUGGACAGGAGCAUGAAGAUUUGGGCUUGAAUGUGAUUGUCCUUAGUCCUUCAAUUGCCUUUUGUCCAUGGAAAUAAAGCAUCUGAAUUGGUAGGAGAAUAAAACUGUCUCAGUGGGAUUUUCCUCUGCAGCAUAGUAAAAUAUCUUUCCAAUGGUCUAUUGUUGUGCCCAUGGCAUUUGCAGAGGAGCAAAAAGAUUAGUAACACAUGUGUUGUGGUGCAAAUGAUGCAACUUAUGUACCUUUGUAAGACAUCAUGAUGCAAGUAUAUCGCCUGUAUGUCACAUGACACAUGUUUUGACAUCAUGACUUAUUAUGGAUAGUGCUGGCUGUAUCAUUGUUAAAAGGACAGGUUACUUCAGCUUCUUUGUUUGUAGAUGGUGAUCAGGCACAGUAGCUGUAGUUCUGGGAAUCCUAGUAUGAUUCUUUGACUGGAAAUAAUCUCUGUCCGUAAGUCUAUGUACUUCUGUUGUUGACAUGGUCAGCAUUUGUAUGAUUUGCUUCUCCUGGACUUGCUGCUUGCAGGGUCAUUCAUAAGUAUCCUUGGUUUGGAAAUAAAUAUUUUGAAGAUACAUAGGAUAUAAAGAUAACAUAGAAUGGGAGGCUGCUGUUGGGUUGGGUUGUUUUUUUUUUUUUUUGCUAUGAUCUCUUCUCCCCUUUUCCCUUUUUUGUUAUUUUUAAACAAAAGGAUAAAAAUUUAAAUAAUUCAAGCCCUGCCUUUCAGAAUGGAGGUUUUUUUUUUUAGCAUUGUCUAGCAAAACCAAUAAAAACCCAGAAUUUUUUUAACCAUCAAUUAAGCAUUUGUGUUGGUGGGUUUGUGUCUUUAAGCGUGCAGGUAGAGGAUGUCUGGGGGGGAGAGUUCUACAGAGAAUUGGAAAACAACAUACCAUACUGCUUGCUACAAUUGGAGGACACAUGAGGAUAUACAGUUGCACAUUAUGUGCAAACUUGCAUGCCAACUUGUGCACUCUCAUAUGUUCUGUUGCGUAUACCUAUUUUACAUAUUCCAUCAGUUCUAUAUUUCUAUGAAAGAUAAAUUGCUGGAUAUUUUUGUAAAAUGUGUGAAUUAAUAUUUUUGUUGUUUGCAAGACAGUGCAACUUUAAUGUGUGGAAAGCAGAAAAGAAAAGCUUUAUGAAACAAACCAAGCCCUAUGCAUUUGUUCUCUAGAACAAGCACUAAAAUAAUAUGAUAGAGUUGUAUAAAUUUCUCUGCACAUCAUAUAGGUGACUUUCCAUUUUGACAAAAUAUCUCCAAGACAUUCUACUGGAAGUUAGGAAAUUAGAAUGAAGCGGCUACAUAGCUAGCUCAAAACAUCUUCAUGAAUAGUUCCUUAUUAAACUAAUGUAAAGUGGCAGAAUUCAACUUUUAUUAGCCACUUCAGUUGAGAGAUAUAGAGAAUGCUAACUGAAGUUGCAUAUGAUACAAAGAACAAAAUCCCACAAGACAAAAUAAAUGUUUUUGAUAGGCUAGAGCAGAGGUGUCAAACUGCCAGUAUAGUGAUACUUAAUUGCAAAGUGAACAGGAAUUAAUGCUGUAAUAAUGACUGCAAAGUAAUGUUUUUAUAUUGUAUCAGAAAUAAUUCAAAAUCAUAACAGGUAAUUUUUUCAUUUUACUCUGGCUGGACUCCACCUUGAGUACUGUGUCUAAUUCUGGGUACUCUAUUUUAAGGAUCUAGAGAAAUUGGAACAUAUUUACAGAAGGGCAUUUAUAUCAGAUUUAGAAAGUAAGUCCAAGGAGAUAAGUUGAAGAAAUGCUUGCUCCAAGAAAGAUGGAAGCAAUAAAAUAGCCCUCUUUAUAAUUGAAAGGAGGCCACCCAGAAAAAAGGUCUAAGACUUGUUUUCUGUCAUUCUAGAGGGCAGCACAUUAUAUAAGCACAUUCCAACCAAAUGUUUUUAAAAAUUAUACCAGCUGUUUGAGAAUGGAGUGAAUGAUCCAGAAUAGUGGUGUGUUCCAGUGAGGGCUAGGCAGACAUUUUUUCUGGGAAGUUUUAAUUUGGAUUCCUAUGUAAAGUAGGGCCUGGAUUCAAUUGCCUCACUGGCUUCUUCCAACUCUGCUUCUGUAUUGGGGCCUGUAUUAAGUAGUGCAUAAUAGUUUAUUUCCUUUCCAGUCUUUACACCAUUUUUUGGCUGAUAGACCAUCAAUACAUUUUUAAAAAAUAUUAGUCUUCAAAGCCAUGUAAGUAACUCAGUUGUGCUUGCUU